ACUUUGGUAAGAAAUACUAUGUCUACUGAUCAAUGAGCCCUUUUCUUUUCUUCAUUUUUGUUCUAUAUCUUGAUUCUUCUUUAUGCUAAAAUUAUUAUUAUUAUUAUUAUUAUUAUUUUGUUAUUAGCAAGGGAUUUAUAUCAGCUAAAGUUGAUGGAUGGGUAUGCCCGUGAGGUUAUACGUUUGAUAUGUGAAGAGUCAUUUUCAAAAUUAGAUGAGAUCCAGUUUGGGCGAAGUACAGCAGUGGAGGCAACCCUCCAGGCUAUCAAGAACGGCAUCCCAGACAUUGUGAUAGCAAUUACUGAUGCUAAUAAUAAUAUAUUACGGAGCAUCACAGAUCCUGAAGAUUCAUCAAGAAACAUAUUUGCUUGUGCUAUAGAACAUCAUCAAGAGGAGGUGGCACGCUUUCUUCAUCGGUCUGCAGAGGAGGGGGCAAACAUGGUUAUUGCCCUCGAUGAAGAUCAAAAUAAUAUAUUACAUCUAGCAGCAAAGUUAGCCCCUCCUCAUCAAUUAGAUUGCAUCUCUGGUUCAGCGUUGCAGUUGCAAAGUGAACUACGUUGGUUCAAGGGGGUAGAAAAAAUUGUUCCACGAUCUUACCGCCAACACCAAAACAACAACGGGGAAACUCCUCUGGAAGUGUUUGUUAGAGAACACACGGAUUUGCUAAAAGAAGCAGUGGAAUGGGGGAAGAAAACAGCAGAAUCCUCUACAGUCGUUGGUGCUCUUAUUAUUACAAUUAUGUUUGCAGUGGCUUUUACUGUUCCUGGUGGGAAUGAUCAAAGUACAGGCUUUCCCAUACUUUUGCACAAAACUCCGAUACCGUUUAUAAUAUUUAUGGUAUCAGAUGCACUUUCUCUUUUUGCUGCAUCCAGUUCAGUGAUGAUAUUUUUGGGGAUUCUGACUGCACAUCAUGCUGCUGAAGAUUACCGCAAAUACUCCCUCGUGAUUAGCGGCCUUACUUAUCUCUUCAUCUCUAUUGCAACAAUGACCAUAGCAUUUUGUGCUGCUCUUUUCAUCACGCUACAAGGUCGAUUGGUGAAUGCUUUUCCAAGGUAUGCGAAACUUCCGCCUUUGAUUCUGCCGAAAGAAAAUCCUUGUCAUGAAUACUUAGCCUUCAAAACUUUGAUCCAGAGAGGUUCAACCUCGCUUACUAGUCUCCACCCAAGGUUGGAAAGAAGAGCUAGGUUCAUUUCUUCCGCAGACCGAAGACCCAAAGCCUCCCGUGCUUUUAGAUAAACAUACCACACUCCAUUUAACAAGAGGUAUCUUUCUGUGCUCACUCGUUCCGCCCGAAAGAUAUUUUUGUUAUUUAUUUUAGAAAGUGAUUUGAUUAACAAAAAUUUUAAUUGAUA